AUGAAAUAAUCAGCAAUCCGCCGUCGCCGGCGCUCCUCAUCGAACGGUAAUAAAUAAGAUUUCAACUAGUGUAGUGCUGCUGACUGCAGCAAAUCUCACCUACUCAUGGCGGCUUCUCUGCAACUCCACUGCAAACCCUUCUCUCCUCUCCUUUAUCACUCAAAACCUGCUUCCAAACGCGUCCCUAAAUUCUCCACUGUCCGUUGCUCCGCUGCCGCGCCAUCCAAGAGCUACAACAUCACCCUCCUCUCCGGCGACGGUAUUGGCCCCGAAGUCAUCUCUGUUGCUAAGAGCGCCCUCCAACUGGUCGCUUCCCUUGAAGGAUUUCAGUUCAAGUUCAAGGAGGUUCCGGUGGGCGGUGCCGCCUUGGAUUUGACCGGAGUGCCCUUGCCGGAAGAGACCCUUUCAACUGCAAAGGAUUCUCAUGCUGUUCUUCUUGGAGCUAUUGGAGGGUAUAAGUGGGAUAACAAUGAGAAUCAUUUGAAGCCGGAGACUGGGCUGCUUCAGCUUCGGGCAGGUCUUAAGGUUUUUGCAAAUUUGAGGCCAGCUACCGUUCUGCCCCAGUUAGUGGAUGCUUCAACUUUGAAGAAAGAUGUUGCUGAGGGCGUGGAUUUGAUGGUGGUAAGGGAACUUACUGGAGGCAUUUAUUUUGGCAAGCCAAGGGGUUUUAGCACAAAUGAAAAUGGUGAAGAAAUUGGAUUCAACACUGAGGUGUAUAGUGCUCAUGAGAUUGAUCGCAUUGCUCGGGUUGCAUUUGAAACUGCUCGAAAACGUAGUGGAAAACUUUGUUCUGUUGAUAAAGCUAAUGUUCUGGAGGCUUCCAUGCUAUGGAGAAAAAGAGUCACAGCCCUUGCCUCAGAAUACCCUGAUGUUGAACUCUCACAUAUGUAUGUUGACAAUGCAGCCAUGCAGCUUGUUCGAAACCCAAAGCAGUUUGACACUAUUGUUACAAAUAACAUAUUUGGCGAUAUUUUAUCCGAUGAAGCAUCAAUGAUUACUGGUAGUAUAGGGAUGCUCCCGUCUGCAAGUCUAGGUGAAUCGGGACCUGGCUUAUUCGAACCAAUACAUGGUUCUGCUCCUGAUAUCGCUGGGCAGGACAAAGCAAAUCCGUUGGCAACAGUGCUCAGUGCAGCCAUGCUUUUAAGGUACGGUCUUGGAGAGGAGAACGCUGCCCGUAGGAUUGAGGCUGCUGUCUUUGACACUCUAGACAGAGGAUUUCGUACAGGGGAUAUAUACUCAGCUGGACAGAAACUAGUGGGCUGCAAGGAGAUGGGCGAACAAGUGAUGAAGUCGAUAGAUAGUAAAGUCGCGACUGCCGUAUGAGAAGCUAUCUGGCCGGAGAACCCUUGGACGGAGAUCUAAGUAUACCGUCCGCCACCAUCAAAGCAUUUCUUUGUAGCAAAGUCUUCUUAGUUGGACCUCUAAUGAUGGAAUGGUAUUCAAUAAGAGGCACUGUUUAUGAGUGUGGUCUUCAAUUUUCAAAAGGUAACAGGUAAUGUUGUAUUAUGUCUCAAUUCAGGACAUUUGUAUUCUUCCAAAAGGGUGGCUGCUAUACAUUAUAUUUAAUCAUAAUGAUUUGUCAUCUUAGCCAUUUCAAUAUAAUCACUUGUAUCAAACAACCAAACGAGUCUUAAUCAUAGUAUAGAAUAUCAGUGUCUUGUUAUUAA